GAUAAAAGCCAGUGAAAUACUACGUUUUCGUAGUAAACAAAGAAACACAAUCAUUGAUAUUACGCAAGGGAGUUUUGCCUGGAGUAACGAAUUAACACGUCUCAUUUGACUUAAAAGCAUUAAUACCGAAAUACGUAGUAUUACGUACAGUCGACGAGGACGGAGUACACGCCGUAUUAAUUUUGGGAGUUUAUAAGCAGUGAAUUGUUUGGUAAACUUUAAACAGAAGGCUAAAAGAUGCUUAGUUUAAAGUCUCGAAUACUUUGCUUGCUUGUUGUGGUCGCUAUAUCGAACGUAGUUGUAGGUAAGUUCAAAUUAGACAGCGUGUUUAGGCUGAUUCUUCUCGAAUAAUUUUGAAUUCCAGUCAUUCGCAUAGACACAACUAUUGUAAGCCAAACGAUUACAACGCACGUUGUCAUUCAAAGUUUGUCAACUUUUUACAUGUAAUAUCCUUAGUAAACUUUGAAAGGCGAUUUUACUUCGCUUUUAAAUAUAUAAGGCUAUUUAAAUUUUUAGAAACUUCGAGUAACUCAAAUCAAUGAGAGUUCGUAUACCAAAAAUUCUAAUUUACAAUUUGUUACUUUUAUACUUUCGCGUCGCUUCAAAAUACGUAGAAAUAAAUUUAAUUUUCCUGGCUAUAGAAAAGAAGGCAGUUUCUUUAUUUUAUAUGAAGCAAACCUGAUAAAUUGCUUUUAUUUUAAUUGUAAUAUAGUUUACUAUAGAGUAUGGUUUUGGUAUAGUUUUAACAUCGCCCUAAUGCCAAUGGCCAUUACUACAUUCGUUUGUUUUGUAAAUUUUUUAGUUUGUUUUAACAACCAGGUAACUCUUUAUAAAUUUAUACGCCUUGGCGACACAAUACUGAAACAGGCGUGCAUGAAUUAAAAAGUUGAUAUUUAGCUGUCUAGUUGUAGCCAAGACAACCAGAUGUAGUAAAAUAUUAGAGCAAUUUCAGCUUCCUUAAAGCCCUGAUUCCACCAGCGCUUUUUGUCAGCGAAAUGCGAAAUAUUUCGCCUGUUUCUUUUGAAUUGUGAGCAAUCAAGUAGAAAUAAUUUAUUCGAGUGAUCGCAAUUCAAAAGAAACAGGCGAAAUAUUUCGCCGAGAAAAAGCGCCCGUGGAAUCAGGCCUUUACAUACUGUGCUUUUACUUGAGUGUUUUUUUCCACGAAUUUCGUGCCGUCCAUUUUAAUAUUGCUACUUACAAGCGUGAAAGCGAAAUUGCAUCAGCCAGUACGAUUAAGAGUGGGUGCUCAAAGUUCAUUCAUGAAUCUGGCAGUGACUGAGACACGUGUGUUUGCAUAACGUCAAUAUUAUCAAAACAAUGAGUGUUUUUUUAAUGACAUAUAGCCAUAUGGAGCCAUAAACAUAGGAAACAGUGGGAUGUUUAAAACGAUGAAACGACAGGCCUCGCGACAGGCGAUCGCAAAGUUUAUAAUCGAUCUCUGGAUUGAGAGUGCAUAUGUGAUGUCGUGAUUUCAUCAUCUGACUUACAUCGCUGACACCGUGCCAUCGGUUUCAGUCGUUUAUAAAUGAAUAUAGGCUAUAUGCCUGGCAGACAGAGGCAACCGCCAUAUAGCAUGAGUCCCAAGAUGGUAUUCGUUAGCCCGCAUGCAGACCCAAGGGAACUGAUAGUGGUUUGAGAAAAAAAUUACGCUUGACUUGAGUGUUUAGCGUCGACUGCGGUCAGCCCAUAGAUAUAAUAUAAUAUCAACAUCGCAAGCCAGGGCAAUUUCAGAAGAUAUCAUAAACGAUCCUGCAUACAUGUUGAUAUUUUUCAACUCAAGCUGAAAAAUAGUAAAACACUUUUGAACAUUUCGGACGGAAGUCGUUCUUCAAGAGUGUUUGAUAAAUAAAGAUGCUAAUUACAUGUAAACGCAACGUCUAAUUUUGAUUUGAGAGGAAGAUUCGAGAUUCUUAUAGAUUUAUUUCACGGCAUUAUCGAAAAUAUAAAACUCAGAUCGUGUAAGUACACACGUAAAAACGCACAAGUUGUUACAAGUCUGAAAACAAGUUGUUACAAGGCGUUCACAAGCUGUCGACAAGUUGUGUUCGAACUGCUUGUUCCCAGUUGUUAUAUUAAACAAGUUUGGAACAAGCUGUUGACAACUUGUAACAAGCUAAUUGAUGGAAUUAUCAGACUUGUUACAAGGUUGUUCUAACAAAUCUGAUACAGUCAUGAUAUAUAAACAAAAACGUUACAAGUUUGAUGACAAUACUAUUCUUGAAGGUUGUAACAAUACUGUUCUUUCAUAACUGUAUCGGACUUGUUGGAACAACCUUGUAACAAGUCUGAUAAUACUGUAUCAACAUGAGGUUCCAAACUGAUUGACAACUUGUGGACAGAAUUUGUUGACGGCUUGUUGGCAGACUUGCUACAUGUACCGCAAGAUGUGAGAUUUUUACGCUUGUCUACCUGUUGUCAUGCCGAUAUAUGUAUCAGCUUCUGCGCGAUAAAAGUGAAAUUGAAAUUUUUGUUUUUAAACUGAAAAAGAUUGAUAAAAACGAUGAUUUCGAAAUAACAUGUGCAUUCCCAUAAAGCUCGGUUCCGCAUUGGAAAUGAAAUUGAAAAGGUUUUCUUGUUUUAAUGCCCACGUGUGUACUUUUUUCUUUUCCUUUUGUAUAAAAUUACACAAUUAGAAAUGUUUUUCCUGUUAACAAGUAUAUAUAUCUGAGACACGCGAUAAAGAACGGCGGAAGUUCCAAAUCGAACGAGGAAAUAUACGCACGCCUUAUUCAAGACUUUAAAAUCAUGAGCAAACACUAUGCCGUCUAUGAACAAAAUAUUUUUUCGUUUUUAAACCAGUUUUUCCGAGUCCAAAUUAUACUUUUUCAACGUCUUUACUCUUAUAAAGCUAUGUAAAUGUUUUUCAAAUCAUGUGCUUAUGAAUUAGGACGUACGUGUCUUCGUUAAAUUCAAGCCGAAGAAAUAAACUCAAAUGGUAUAUUUAUGCAUAUUGUAUAUGUUUUACUUGACGCAUGUUGUUAAAAAUACUAUCAGUGUUAGAUCAGUGUGAAAAAUACGUUCAUAUUCAUUUUUGGCAAAUUUGGUCGUGUUUGCUGUUGAAUUAUUGAGGUUAUCGCGCGUUCAAUGUCCGUUACCUAUGUAUUCUAAGUUGGUUUCGAUGGAAACGUUGGAUCAUUUCAAAAAGCAAAUAUAUAUAUAUAUAUAUAUAUAUAUAUAUAUAUAUAUAUAUAUAUAUAUAUAUAUAUAUAUAUAUAUAUAUAUAUAUAUAUAUAUAUAUAUAUAUAUAUUUAUAGCACUUAAGACCUCUGUUACAGUCAAUUUCAGCUGACUUUUCAUCGUAAGAUUCCGAACUUCGUUCCGAACUUCGCAAAUUCGUUGCCAAGUUCAAAAGUUCAUAAUGAAAUUCACAAACAGGUUUGUAAACAAAGCCUCUGAUUGGCUAUUAAAUCAAACCAACCAAUCAAAUGCCCAGUUUACAAACCUGUUUGUGAAUUCAUUAUGAACUUUUGAACUUGGCAACGAACUUGCGAAGUUCGGAACGAAGUUCGGAAUCGUACGAUGAAAAGUCAGCUGAAAUUGACUGUAAUGGCUUCCAAUUACGUGGGCCAUAUCUGCAGUCUUUGUUCUUUCUUGAAAUGUGUUUAUAUAUGCAACAAACUCUUGAUAUUGAAAAGUGUGCGGAAGCAUUAAAAUGCGUCAAAAUAGCGGAUAUAUAUAACUACCCAUGUACAAUCGCUCGCCACUUUUCAGAGAUUUGUUCUUUUUAAUUACAAGAGCAAGUGAAAAUGUAUCUUAGGCCACAUAAAAAAAUAGUUGGUUAGCGUCCACGCCCGCCCACAAAAAAGGCCCCGCAGGGUUUUUAUUUUUUAUUUACUGUAAAAAAAACCCCAACUUUUAUUCAUCAACGGACUCUAAUAUAUGUAGUAUUUCUGUUGACUGUAACCAACUAAUUUUUUAUGUGGCCUUUAAAACAUAAAUUUUUAUUAAAAACAUUUUUCGUACUCGUCUUUAAUUUAUUGGCGUCAUGGACAUAUACUGGCGCCAAAAGUAUAUGGGGGCGGAACAUAAAAUGUCCAACUUUAAUGCAUUGCCCAACAUUAUAAUAAUCGUGACCUCCCCCUGUCCGAGGGGCAUUUCACUCCAAAAAAGCGUGCGGGAUUUUCGGAUUUUUAAAAAUCCGCGGAUUUUUUAGCGGAUUUUUCCCGGAUUUUUUAGCGGAUUUUUGAAGAGAAAAUCUGUUGGACUUUCCGGAUUUGUUUGGAUUUUCCGGAUAAUUUCUGAAUUUUUUGACGAAGCGUACGGGAUUUCGGAUUUUUAAAAAUCCGCGGAUUUUUCCCGGAUUUUUAGCGGAUUUUUGAAGAGAAAAUCUGUUGGAUUUUCCGGAUUUGUUCGGAUUUUUUCCGGAUUUUUUGACGAAGUGUACGGGAUUUUUGGAGUGAAAUGCCCCUCGCCCCUGUCGACCAAAUUUUGUUGAAAUUUAGAAGUAUCUCAGAUGCACAAUUACGUUACAGUAUAUGUUCUGUGUGCACAAACAUAAUUCAUUAUGAAUAAGUUUUGCUCCAGUCUUCGUGAACCUUUCCUCCACUAAGGGCGCUCUCUAUUAACACGGCCAAGACCGGUCAGAUUGUUGAAUGAAACAAAACAUUUGGGCUUCGGACCUAUCUGACCGGAAAAUUUAGAUAACAUUUGAAUGAGGUCCAUUUUCGCUAGAUAUUUGAGAAACAUAGACCAGAUGUUUCCAAAGCGCCCGUACGAUACAAAAAUGCCAGACUGACGAGUAGAAUUUGCCCAACUUUUAAAAUUUCUGUCAAAAUUAGUGGUGGGGGGGGGGCUGCCCUCGCCCCCCUCUUGCCCUGCUUUGCCUUGCCUUGAGUUUUUUUUUGAAGCACUACCUAACAACUGUUUGUAGUUUAAGUUUGAACUCGGGGCAAUAUUACAGUAAGUAUCAUAUUUUCUGUUUUCAAACAGGCCGUAAAGAUUUUGCAUGUUCUGCGGACGAGUUUGAGUGUCCAAUAACUCAAACGUGUACUCGUCUCAGCUGGAAAUGUGACGGAGAAGAAGAUUGUUUUAAUGGCGAAGAUGAAUUGGAUUGUAAGUAAAUAGUGGAUGAAGACAACGGAUAGCUUUUCGCGUAGCGGCGAGAAAAAGGCAAACAGCACAUAUACUCUGUAACUUUCAGAAGCUGGGCGAAACAACAUCUCUCCGUUAUAAUUAUUCCUCUGAAAAUAGCGUUCCUAAAAGGUACGGAUAUGUGUUUUUUCACGUCGCUACUGAAAGCUAUCCGGUACAAAUGAAAUGUGAUGGUCUGAAAACUGAAGUCAUUGUAUAAAUAUGUUAUUGUCUAAGUUUAUGUUUGUGCUCGGUGACGGUGAUAUAGUGCAGUGAUUGACCAAUAGACCUUACCAUUUAUUCACUUUUGACUCAACGGCCUCGUUUUCGUGUUUGCCAGUUUUGGCAUGACAGGCGCACAUGAAGGUUAUAUUCCCAUGUUUCUUUCAUGAUUUGGUUCCUGGUUGAUCUUACUGUAGGCCCAAUAACAAGUAAGUUCUUAACCCUUGAUUGUGCACGAAACACAAGGCGUAAAAAAAUACCUGUGGUUCCGGUUCCCGACCGACCAUAUUUUUUUCUGCCGACCCUAUUAUUUUUUCAACGCGAUUGACAGUGCGACCCUAUUUUCUCCAGGUGGUUGCGGGCUGCUCAUACAGCGUGCCAAAAUGGCGUCUGUUUUCACACUAAUUAUUGAACCAAAUUGCCUAAAUUCGUCCAUAGGAAAUACGCAUCUCUAGUUAAUAUUGAUGUCUGGACUCUACUGCAAAUCGCCCAGCAAAAAAAAACGCCAAAACCAUGAAAAAAAUAUUUAAAAAAAAAUUAUUUGCGACCUACCGACCCUAAUUUUUUCACUAUAUGAAACCGGAACCACGGGUUAUUUUUUUACGCCCAAGUAAAUACCUUACACAAAAACGAGGCCAUUGGGGAGGCGAGAGAAAGGGAGAGGAGAAAAUGGGAGGGGCGAGAAAGGGGAGGUGCAGCGGUCUACUCAAAACGGAAAAUUAAGGCUAAAGUCUGUUUUCCACUUCGCUCGUAUCGUAGCGAAACGUACUGGUGAGCAUGCGCAGAUUGAAAAGAGGUUUAUAAAACCACGUACUUCCGGGUGUAUUCGCGUAUCAAAAUAAAAAGUUCGUCGCAAGUCAACUUUUUGGCGUACUACGGAAGUACUAACCAAUCGUAACGUACCGUAGCAUUUUCUUUUGUGUCGAAGUCAUUAGUUCCACUCUAGUGGUCCAGGGUUUUUUCAGGGAUUUUUUAGGGCCGUUAAACGGCCCCAAAAACUCAAUCUUGAAUUGAGUUUGAAAGUCAAUCUUCUCACCAAAGUUUCAGUGCAGUAAAAAUGAAGUUGUUUCAGUUAAAUUUGUGACGUGUGGAAAUUAGUUUUCAGUUGGAAACCCGGCAAUUAAAGAAAAAAUGGCUGGAAUUCACUCACAACACAAGAAAAACUAUGCAUGCAUCUUUAACCAGUUUUAGUGUCUCUGGUGUCCCACAGUGCCCCUGCUUUAACACAUUCCGUCUCAACUACAUUUAUUGAGUACAAGUGUCAGCCCCCCGGUAGGGGGGGGGGGGGCAGCAGCCACCCCAGCUGUUCAGCUAAACUCGAUCUUCUUUGCAAAAAGGGACCCAAGAGAAAAUCCUGGAAAAAAACCCUGUGGUCAGGAAACAAAGAAAUACGCUACGUUUCGCUACGAUACGGUUGAAGUGGAAAAUUGGCUUUAGAACGGGCCAAAGUCAACGACCGUGACGCAUGCAUGUAGCUUAGGCCCUGUUUUGUCAGCUUGAGAGCCUGUUCGCAGGCUAUGUUUACACUAUACCGGAUUCGCUGGUCACGACAUCUUCUUUUGCCGUUACGGAGCAAUGGUUAGUGGCAAAUGCUUAUUGGUUUGACAGAAUUGGCAUGUUUAUUUGGGUCUCUGAGAUUAAUAAUCUUCACAGCCUUUCGAUACCUACAAAAUUUGACCCACUCCGAUAGCAAUCCGGUAUAGUGUAAACGGGGCCUUAGUGUACAUAUCUGUAUCAGUCAGAAUUAUGACUGUACAACUGUUCCAAUUUUGCCCUUCAUUACAAUUACUACAAAGUUUCUUUCCAAACAUUGCAUUAAAAGGGUACUUGACACAGAGAUUAAUGCCUAUCUCUGUUUCAAUUUCACAGAAAAACGUUCGCAAUACGAAGUGCAUACCCUAUAAGCAACCAGAAAUGUCAAAUUUUCACUUUGAUUUAUCAUUGAAGCUUCCCCAAGGGGAGGUGCAUGACUUCAGAGGAAGCACAAAGAUUCUUAAGGCCUGAUUCCACGAGCGCUUUUUCUGGCGAAAUGCGAAAUAUUUCGCCUGUUUCUUUUGAAUUGUGAGCAAUCAAGUAGAAAUAAUUUAAUCGAGUGGUUGCAAUUCAAAAGAAACAGGCAAAAUAUUUCGCAUUUCGCCGAGAAAAAGCGCUCGUGGAAUCAGGCCUUUAGGGAAGGUAUAAAACGGUCUCUGGCCUAGGGAGGUGCUCACCUCCCCACGUCUCCCCUCAAAAUCCGGCCAUGGCCUGUGCUAGCCUCCUCCGCAGGCAUCGCCUUUCGAUUAUCGGGCAAAAUUUCUUGCAGGCAAAAAACUACGAGAUGCCUGCGGAGGAGGCUAGGCCUGUGCAAAGGAGAGAAGAAUUUAAAUGUUCAUCCUGUGGGCGGGGUCGCACAUUAGGCCCGCCCAGAUAUAGAGCAACGUGGUUGAUGUUUGUGAGCUAGAUUUUUUAAAGAAGCAGUAUUGAUAUCAUCGAUAAGCAGUAUGAAAUGCAUUUUUUGCCGAAAAAAAUUCGCACACUCUGGAAAUUUGAAACGCCAUGAGAGAACGCACACGGGCGACAGACCAUAUAAAUGUAAGGUCUGCAAAAAAAGAUAUACGUUAUCGUCUACGUUGAAGACGCAUAAAAGAACACACAGCAACGAGAAACCUUAUGAAUGUGAUGUUUGCAAGAGACAGUUCUCGGAUGCUAGCAAUUGGAGACGACAUACGAGAACACACACAAAGAUCAAACCUUAUGGAUGUGAUACUUGUAACAAACGAUAUGUUCAUAGUAGCAGUCUGAAAGAACAUAAACAACGAACACACGGCGAUGAAAGAACUGCGCCAGAGAAACAGUAAUACCAGUAGGCAAAUUUGGACAUAAACGUUGUGCUCACAGUAGCAGUGUGAAAACUCAUAAACGACGAGGCGAACACACCGAUGGUGCUCACAGUAGCAAUCUGAACUCUGAAUACUCAUAUAAAACGACGAACACACUGAUAAAAGAACUGUGCCACAGAAACAGUAAUAUAUACAAAUUUGGAUAACGUUGUGCUCACAGUAGCAGUCUGAAAACUCAUAAACGACGAACACACUGAUAAAAGAAUUGUGCCAUAGAAAUUUACAGUGAUAGGCAAAUUUGGCCUAUAACGUUGUUCUCACAGUAGCAGUCUGAAAACUCAUAAAACGACGAACACACAGAUAAAAGAAAUGUGCCAUAUUAUAGAAACAGUAAAUAGGAAAAUUUGGAUAAUCUAUAUUUAAUACACAAUAUAUUACACAACUUUAAAUAACUGACAUGCCUACAGGUAGUUUAUAGUAUUGUUCUAGUUUACAGAAGCAUAUAAUAGAACAAAGGUAACCAAGCAUUAGAAUUAUGUAUAAGUAUAUUUACUCGUGUAGAUAAUUCUAAACCCUUAGUUAAUACCAUGCAUUGUUCUAUUCUAAACUUCUGUGAAUUAGAACGAUACUAACUACGUCUGUGAGUUCAGUCUAAAGUAGUUGUGGCCUGUGGGUUGGGUGUGAACAAAUUAGAAUUUUUCUCAAGAAUGUAUACUAUAGAACUGGAAUUUGGUGGUGUUGGAUUUAAUCUUGCGAACUUUAAGAAUCAUAUGCAUACGAAUGAGUUAAUAUUAGUACUACCGUUUCGUCGAAAUAUGGAACGCGUUAAAAAUAUAUGUUAUGUUUUUGCAGUAGGACAUAUAUUCGUAUUUGGCGCUAUGCAGCGACAGCUUUCGUAGUCGCAAUUUCUGUUUUGAAGGGAUUAUAUUUUCAACAAAAUGCUGAAGACGCAUGCUGUAUGUUAUAAAUUCAUAAAUUUAUAAAUAGGCAAUUAGUAAUUACACAAUAAAAGAAUGGGUGUGGCCUUUGCAAAACAUUGGAGUUUAUUUAAUUAAACGGGGCGCCCGGCUUCAUAGUAAUUUCCAAACACAAAACAAUUUUACUUUACAUGACAACCGGGCCAGCCCUUUAGCUGGGAGCCUGGGAUCCCAGUUGACUCAAACGGGGUGCUCGGUCAGCCGGGCUGAAAUUUCUCCAUGUAAAGUACCGGGCUGGAACAAAAACUAUAUAGAAAAGACAUAUAGAUAAAGUUUUAUUUCUUCAAUUAAUCUUGCCGAUAAAGUAGUUUUAAUCGAUUAAAUUUGCCAAUAAAGCACAAAUUCUACUUCCGUGACAGACGCUAUGCAGACGCUACAUUGUUAACUCGUAAACAAGUUUUUCCCGCCAAUUUUCGUCAGCAUAUAUUUCAGCCCGGCGAACGCCUCAUCCCGGCUAACUGGGUUCAUGUAAACGUCCCCUUAGGGGCCGAUUACAUGGAGCAUUUUCAACCCCGGGGUUGAAAUUUUUUGCGAUUACAUGGACGAUUUCAACCCCGGGCUUGAAACGUUAUACUAUACGUUCGCGGCAUCGAUUCGCGGAAGUAAAAAAAGCCUUUAUUUUGUUUUCUUGUAAUAAAUAGUCACUACCACGUAUGCUCGAAUAAGUCAUGAUAAUUUCAGCCCUGGGUUGAAACGAUUACAUGACAAAAUUUUCAACCCAGGGCUGAGUUCAACCCCGGGGUUGAAAUUUCAACCCUGCUAGCUGAAGCAGGGUUGAAAUUUCAACCCCGGGGUUGAACUCAGCCCUGGGUUGAAAAUUUUGUCAUGUAAUCGCGCGUUUGAUUUUGAUAGAGUUUUGUAUUACAGACAGGGCUGAAAUUUCAACCCGGUAAACAGGGCUGAGUUCAACCCCGGGGUUGAAAAUGCUCCAUGUAAUCGGCCCCUUAGUGUUCGUUUAUUUUAUCUAGCCAUUUUUGGCCGCGGUAACAUGGCCUUCUCUGACUCAAACAAAUUAUCUUUUCUUUUCCCAAGAGUUUGUCAAGCAGUCAAGCUGGAACACUCUUCUUACUAAUUACUAUAAAUUGAGCCAUUUUAUUUUCAUACCAUUAAUUUUCAAUAAAGCUACAACGCUCCCUAUAAACCAAUUGAAAGUCUCGACUGCAAUUACGCACCCAAAAUCAGGGCCUAUCAGAGAAAUUCGGGGGCCCGGGGCAAAUUUUAGUAUAUCGGGGGCUAUAUUUUUCCCAAAAAAAUUGGCGAGUGGGGGGGGGGGCGGGUCAAAAAAUUCUUCCGGACAAACACCAGUUAAAUUAAGGUUCAAAUUAAAAAAAUUUUCCGAACAAAUUCCUGUUAAAACAUGGGAAAAACCCAUUUUUCAGACCAAUAUCUGCAAAAUUUAGGUCUAGAAUUUUUUUUCUCAUACCAUUAUUUAUCAAAAAACGUUCCAAAUUUCUUUUUUAAUUUUUCAAAUUUUGGGGCCCCCUUAAACUGCGGGCCCGGGGGCAAAUCGCCCCCUUUGCUACCUCCUCUGAAAGGCCCUGCCCAAAAUGAUACGUUCCGCGCCGGAACGCACUGGUAUAUUUUGUCUUCUGUUUAAACAAAAUAUAAAAAGAUUAUCUUAUUCUUCCGGUCUCGACUGCAAUUCAUCCAGGAAUGCCAAAGCUUCUUUAAUUAAAUUUUCUUUAAUCUUUUUUAAAUAAUUAAAAGAAGAUUUCGGUUUCAAAAAGUAAAGAAGAUUUUGGUGUUUUUUAAUUUCUUAUGUUGACUAUAUAUUUUUUAAUACGUUAAGGUGUUGGGUCUUAAUUAAUAAGGUUUAUAUUUAUAUGUUUUUAUUCCAUUUACUGGAAUUCAUUAUGUAACAUUGUAAAUAGUGGUUAAAGUUUCACAUUAUAAAAGUUAAGUUUAACAAAAUCUUCUUUGAUCUUCUUUAAUUGAAUAAAGAAUAAAGAAGAUAUUGUUUCUAAAAAAAUCUUCUUUAAUCCAUCCCUGAAUUUAUCCCGAUGCAAAAACGCGCCUUUUCAACGCGCAUUCGAGAGUCCGAAUGAGUCAAUUGUGGAAUUGCAAAGCAUCAUGGUAGUUUAGUUACACAGCAGAAUUUUUCAACAUGGCUGCUUGCACUUUUCGACCGAGGGAAGGUGCUAAAAACAUGACAAAUGCAAGAAAACAUUUACCAUUUUCGCUUUGAUUAAAGCUUUGACUGAAUCUGUACGGUUUGUUUCAUAUUUCUACUAUGUCGUGGGCUUCUACAAGCGAGUGUGGUUGAAAUAUUCAACAUGGCAUGGCUGCUACGAAUCAAACUCCUUCCCCGCUUUAGUGACUCUGUACGCCAUGUUGAAUAUUUCAACCACACUCGCUCGUAGAAGCCCAUGGGAGACGCAGUAGAAAUAUGAAUUUAGUCAAAACUUUAAUCAAAGCGAAAAUGGUAAAAGUUUUCUUGCAAUUCUCAUGUGUUGAGCACCUUCCCUCGUUCGAAAAGUAUAAGCGCCAUGUUGAAAAAUUCUGCUGUGUAACUAAACUACCAUGAUGCUUUGCAAUUCCACAAUUGGUUCAUUGGCAGUAUUGCGCCUUACUUAAACAAAAUUGCUUCAUUUUACCUCAUGCUAGGUCCACCAACCACGUGUAGGCCAGGUGAAUUCAAAUGCAGGAAUGGACGUUGCAUUGAGGAAUCUUGGGUCUGUGAUCGACAUAAUGAUUGCCCGGAAAAAGAAGACGAAGCACCGAUACAGAAAUGUAAGUCACAUUGACAUUGGUUACAACCGUGUGUAAUCCAUUCUCAAUUGUGAUCAAUUAAUGCUUGUGCUGAGCAUUAUUAAACUGUAUUGAAGUGAAGCUUGGCCAGUAGCAUAUGUAUAUAUUAGAUAUAUACACUGCACGUAAAAACAGACAAGGCUUUACAUUUACAGAUCGGCAAACUAUAUCUGACCUGCAAGUUGUAACAAGGCUGUUGUCAAGUCGAUAUCAGAAUGUGUUCGCACUGCUUGUUCCCAGUUGUUGUGGCAAGUCUGGGACGAGUUGUUAUCACAACUUUGUUACAAGGUUAAUGUUAACAGACUUGGUACAAGUUGUUCUAACAAGACUAAUACGUAAUCGUACCAAGUUGCUACGAGCUUGUUGUCAUCAACUUGUUACGUCCAGUUUUAUUUGGAACAAUUUGUUGCGAGUCUGUGGCCCUCAUCAACCUUGUUACAAGAUGAUAACAACUUGUUGCGAACUUGAAUUGUUCGAAUCGUCGUUUUGAGUUUUUCAAAAUACAGUUUGUUGAUUAUGACGUCUAAUGCGAAUGCUUCUCGAUAACGUUUUCCAGACACCGAAAUUAGGCCGCCAUGUCUUUACAGGAUUUCUAGGAAGAACAGUUUAGAACUGAUAGAGUUAUCCAGUAUAGAUAAUUAAAUAUAUGCAUUAAAUGUAAUUUAGGUAACCGAACAACGUGUAGACCAAGUGAUUUUCAAUGUCGAAACGGUGACUGUAUUCAAGGAACAUAUCGCUGUGAUCGCGAACAUGAUUGUGAAGAUCAGAGUGAUGAAGAUGGUUGUCCAGGUAUUUAUAUAGAGAUCUGGAUUAAUAUCAGGAUUUAGAGAUCUUACUAUGGAGGGCGAUAGUGAGAUAGAUAGACAUAUCUACGUAGAGAUCUUACUACGCACGUUACAACCACACAACUUGUAUGUCAGCAAGAUGUGUUUGCGACAGGCUUGUAGCAAGCUUGUCAACAAGUUGUAACAAUGCUGUUAUUUUAUCAAUUUGCUACAAGGUUGUCACUCACAACUUGUUGACAAAUUGUUGAAUUGCAGGACGAUAACAAGUUGUUGUCCACAAGUUGUAACAAUGCACAAGGUUGUCAUCCACAACUUGUUGAAUUGCAGGACGAUAACAAGUUAAUGUUGGAACAACGGGUAACAAGUUUGUUGAGCUCAAAAACCUUGUAGCAAGUUGUCAACAAGUUGUAACAAUGCUGUUAUUUUAUCAAUUUGCUACAAGGUUGUCGCUCACAAUUUGUUGACAAAUUGCUGAAUUGCAGGACGAUAAAAAGUUGGAGAAACUUGUAACAAGUCUGUUGAGUUCAACAACCUUGUAGCAAGUUGUCAGCAAGUUGUAACAAUGCUGUUAUUUUAUCAAUUUGCUACAAGGUUGUCAGUCGCAACUUGUUGACAAAUUGUUAAAUUAAAUUGCAGGACGAUAACAAGUUGUUGGAACAACUUGUAACAAGUCUGUUGAGCUCAACAACCUUGUAGCAAGUUGUCAACAAGUUGUAACAAUGCUGUUAUUUAUCAAUUUGCUACAAGGUUGUCACUCACAAUUUGUUGACAAAUUUUUGAAUUGCAAGACGAUAAAAAGUUGUUGGAACAAUUUGGAACAAGUCUGUUGAGCUCAACAACUUGAGCUCAACAACUUUGUUGCAAGUUGUCCACAAGUUGUAACAAUGCUGUUAUUUUAUCAAUUUGCCACAAGGUUGUCACUCACAACUUGUUGAAUUGCAGGACGAUAACAAGUUAAUGUUGGAACAACGUGUAACAAGUCUGUUGAGCUCAAAAACCUUGUAGCAAGUUGUAACAAUGCUGUUAUUUAUCAAUUUGCUACAAGGUUGUCACUCACAACUUGUUCAGUGCCGCCCAGGGGGGGGGGGGGGGGGGGCAAUUUGCCCCGGGCCCCGAGUUGCUGGGGGCCCCUGAAUAAUUUUUGUAGGGGCCCCGCCUUUUUUGUGUGUUAAAUAUUUCCGCGCAAAGGACAAGAUAUCUGUUUUCUUGGGCUAAGUACCGAAUUUUGGCCUAAAAAAAUGAGAUAAAGUCAAUCGAGGGGGGAGGUCGCCAAAACAAUAUCCGGAAAAAAUUUUUCCGGAAAAUUUUUUUUAGAUAGGGCCCCCUAAAAAAAAUUUGCCCCGGGCCCCCGCCAACCUCUGGGCGGCCCUGAACUUGUUGACAAAUUGUUGAAUUGCAGGACGAUGACAAGUUGUUGGAACAACUUGUAACAAGUCUGUUGAGCUCAAAAACCUUGUAGCAAGUUGUCAACAAGUUGUAACAAUGCUGUUAUUUAUCAAUUUGCUACAAGGUUGUCACUCACAAUUUGUUGACCAAUUGUUAAAUUGCAGGACGAUAAAAAGUUGUUAGAACAACUUGUAACAAAUCCUUUGAGCUCAACAACCUUGUAGCAAGUUGUCAACAAGUUGUAACAAUGCUGUUAUUUAUCAAUUUGCUACAAGGUUGUCACUCACAAUUUGUUGACCAAUUGUUAAAUUGCAGGACGAUAAACAGUUGUUAGAACAACUUGUAACAAAUCCUUUGAGCUCAACAACCUUGUAGCAAGUUGUCAACAAGUUGUAACAAUGCUGUUAUUUAUCAAUUUGCUACAAGGUUGUCACUCACAACUUGUUGACCAAUUGUUAAAUUGCAGGACGAUAAAAAGUUGUUGGAAAAAAGUUGUUGGAAAAAACUUGUAACAAGUCUGUUGAGCCCAACAACCUUGUAGCAAGUUGUAACAAUGCUGUUAUUUUAUCAAUUUGCUACAAGCUUGUCACUCACAACUUGUUGACAAAUUGUUGAAUUUCAGGACGAUAACAAUUUGUCAGAACAACUUGUAACAAGUCCUUUGAGCUCAACAACCUUAAUUGUAGCAAGUUGUCAACAAGUUGUAACAAUGCUGUUAUUUAUCAAUUUGCUACAAGGUUGUCACUCACAAUUUGUUGAUCAAUUGUUAAAUUGCAGGACGAUAACAAGUUGUCGGAACAACUUGUAACAAGUCCUUUGAGCUCAACAACCUUGUUGCAAGUUGCCCACAAGUUGUAACAAUGCUGUUAUUUUAUCAAUUUGCCACAAGGUUGUCACUCGCAGCUUGUUGAAUUGCAGGACGAUAACAAGUUAAUGUUGGAACAACGUGUAACAAGUCUGUUGAGCUCAAAAACCUUGUAGCAAGUUGUAACAAUGCUGUUAUUUAUCAAUUUGCUACAAGCUUGUCACUCACAACUUGUUGACAAAUUGUUGAAUUUCAGGACGAUAACAAGUUGUCAGAACAACUUGUAACAAGUCCUUUGAGCUCAACAUCCUUGUAGCAAGUUGUCAACAAGUUGUAACAAUGCUGUUAUUUAUCAAUUUGCUACAAGCUUGUCACUGACAACUUGUUGACAAAUUGUUAAAUAGCAGGACGAUAACAAGUUGUUGGAAGAACUUGUAACAAGUCUGUUGAGCUCAACAACCUUAAUUGUAGCAAGUUGUCAACAAGUUGUAACAAUGCUGUUAUUUAUCAAUUUGCUACAAGCUUGUCACUCACAAUUUGUUGACAAAUUGUUAAAUAGCAGGACGAUAACAAGUUGUUGGAAGAACUUGUAACAAGUCUGUUGAGCUCAACAACGUUGUAGCAAGUCUGUUAAGCUCAACAAUCUUGUAGCAAGUUGUCAACGAGUUGGAACAAUGCUGUUAUUUUAUCAAUUUGCUACAAGAUUGUCACUCACAACUUGUUGAGAAAUUGUUGAAUUGCAGGACGAUAACAAGUUGUUGGAACAACUUGUAACAAAACCUUUGAGCUCAACAACCUUGUAGCAAGUUGUCAACAAGUUGUAACAAUGCUGUUAUUUAUCAAUUUGCUACAAGCUUGUCACUCACAACUUGUUGUCAAAUUGUUAAAUUGCAGGACGAUAAAAAGUUGUUGGAACAACUUGUAACAAAUCCUUUGAGCUCAACAACCUUGUAGCAAGUUGUAACAAUGCUGUUAUUUAUCAAUUUGCUACAAGCUUGUCACUCUCAACUUGUUGACAAAUUGUUGAAUUUCAGGACGAUAACAAGUUGUCAGAACAACUUGUAACAAGUCCUUUGAGCUCAACAACCUUGUAGCAAGUUGUCAACAAGUUGUAACAAUGCUGUUAUUUAUCAAUUUGCUACAAGCUUGUCACUCACAACUUGUUGUCAAAUUGUUAAAUUGCAGGACGAUAAAAAGUUGUUGGAACAACUUGUAACAAAUCCUUUGAGCUCAACAACCUUGUAGCAAGUUGUAACAAUGCUGUUAUUUAUCAAUUUGCUACAAGCUUGUCACUCUCAACUUGUUGACAAAUUGUUGAAUUUCAGGACGAUAACAAGUUGUCAGAACAACUUGUAACAAGUCCUUUGAGCUCAACAACCUUGUAGCAAGUUGUCAACAAGUUGUAACAAUGCUGUUAUUUAUCAAUUUGCUACAAGCUUGUCACUCACAACUUGUUGUCAAAUUGUUAAAUUGCAGGACGAUAAAAAGUUGUUGGAACAACUUGUAACAAAUCCUUUGAGCUCAACAACCUUGUAGCAAGUUGUAACAAUGCUGUUAUUUAUCAAUUUGCUACAAGCUUGUCACUCUCAACUUGUUGACAAAUUGUUGAAUUUCAGGACGAUAACAAGUUGUCAGAACAACUUGUAACAAGUCCUUUGAGCUCAACAACUUUGUAGCAAGUUGUCAACAAGUUGUAACAAUGCUGUUAUUUAUCAAUUUGCUACAAGCUUGUCACUCACAACUUGUUGUCAAAUUGUUAAAUUGCAGGACGAUAAAAAGUUGUUGGAACAACUUGUAACAAAUCCUUUGAGCUCAACAACCUUGUAGCAAGUUGUAACAAUGCUGUUAUUUAUCAAUUUGCUACAAGCUUGUCACUCUCAACUUGUUGACAAAUUGUUGAAUUUCAGGACGAUAACAAGUUGUCAGAACAACUUGUAACAAGUCCUUUGAGUUCAACAACCUUGUAGCAAGUUGUCAACAAGUUGUAACAAUGCUGUUAUUUAUCAAUUUGCUACAAGCUUGUCACUCACAACUUGUUGUCAAAUUGUUGAAUUGCAGGACGAUAAAAAGUUGUUGGAACAACUUGUAACAAGUCUGUUGAGUUCAACAACCUUGUAGCAAGUUGUCAACAAGUUGUAGCAAUGCUAUUAUUUAUCAAUUUGCUACAAGCUUGUCACUCACAACUUGUUGUCAAAUUUUUGAAUUGCAUGACGAUAAAAAGUUGUUGGAACAACUUGUAACAAGUCUGUUGAGUUCAACAACCUUGUAGCAAGUUGUCAACAAGUUGUAACAAUGCUAUUAUUUAUCAAUUUGCUACAAGGUUGUCACUUGCAGCUUGUUAACAAAUUGUUGAAUUGCAGGACGAUAACAAGUUGUAGCAAUGCUGUUCCAACAACUUGUCAACAGGGUGCGUUCGCACUGCUGGUUCUCAGCUUGUUGACAAGUUGUCAACGGCUUCAGUGUUGACAACUUGCUACAAGGUUUUUGAUCUCAACAGACAUGUUAAGUUGCAAGUUCCAACAACUUGUUAUUAAUUGUUAUCGUCCUGCAAUUCAACAAAUUGUCAACAAGUUACGCGUGACAACCUUGCAGCAACUUGAUAAAAUAACAGUAUUGUUACAACUUGAUGACAAGCUUGUUACAAGCCUGUUGCGAACACAUCUUGUUGACAAGUUGCGUAAUUGUUACGUGUGUACUCAAUAUAGUUGUCCUCCUUAACUGAUGAUGCGUUUUGUUUUCUUGACACAGAACUGAUCUGUACGUCUACGGAAUUCAAGUGUGCCAACAAUCUCACGUGCAUAUCACAUGAUCUGAAAUGUAAUGGUGUACAUGACUGUGCUGAUGAAAGCGAUGAAAAGGAUUGCCGUAAGUUAAUAUAAAGUCUCGCACAACUUGUCAAGAAGAUGUUUUCGCAAAAGGCUUGUAACAGGCUUGUCAACAAGUUGUAACAAUGCUGUUAUUUUAUCAAGUUGCUACAAGGUUGCCAUUCACAACUUGUAACAGAUCUGUUGAGCACUUGAACUCAACAACCUUGUAGCAAGUUGUCAACAAGCUGGGAACAAGCAGUGCGAACACAUCCUGUUGACAAGAUGUUGGAACUGCAUUGCUACAAGUCUGCUGCAGGUUUGUUACAACCAGUGAACUCUCUAUAUAUAUAUAUUUAUAUCGAAAUCAUAUAUAUAUAUAGAUAUAUAGAGUUCACUGGUUACAACUUGUGCGUUUUUGCGUGUGCAGUCGACACAUAUUUUCGAAAAUUUAUAACGAUGGAGCCAGCAGUACGCCAUCGUCGCCUUCGUUUGCGAAAACCACAUACGUAUUUCCCGAACAAUUGUUAAUGUUCCUUUGGCGGCCGUAUACACGAACACAUUUUCCUUGUACAAAAGCUAGCAUGACCAGCUUUGGAACAAGGCUCCCUUGCCAAGGAAAUAUUGUCAAUUUUUUGCCCUACACACGAGCAAAGGGGAAGCUUCUUCGCCUGUACGGCGCUUUACGUCUGAAAUGAUGCAUUCCAAUCAUAGUUCGUUCCAAUCAACAAAUGUACAAAGUUCUCAAAUGCUUUGGCUCCAAGUUCGCUCGCCACUCUUUUCGUAAAAGAGACAUAACAGAAUAUGACAAGAAACAUAACAGAAUAUGAUUUUAGGGGCUCCUAGUUCUACUUCAACCUUACAAAAAGCUUCUGUUAUGAUGGAGCUAAAUUGUGGAACUCAUUACCUGCAGAUAUGCGUGAUUCAGAUACAUUAUCAUCGUUUGUAAAUGCAAUUGACGCUUAUAGUUUUUAAUAUAAUGUUAUUAAUUUUGUACAUAAUUGUUUUGUAGUUAUAUUUGUAGUUUAGUGUGAAAAAUAUUUUGUCGUAUAAUAUCAUGUAAUCCACGCGCUCCUCGUGGAAAUCAGCAUACAGUUGACGGGGCCAGCGUGUGAUCUUUUAAAAUAUAGUUUUACCUACCUACCUACCUAUUCUUUCACUACCUAGCUGCUACCUGCAAUCCCACAACUGAACUUACCUGUGACAACGGCGAUUGUUUUCCUCUAUCGUUUCGCUGCGACGGCGACAACGAUUGCACGAACUCCUCGGACGAGCAGGGUUGCCCCACGCCACCAACUUUGGCCCCUUGCCCGGAUCACAAGUUCCAAUGUGACGACGGAGAGUGUAUACCUCAGACCUGGCAUUGUGAUGGCGCCGCUGACUGUAGAGAUAGAACGGAUGAAGUGGGCUGUCCUCCCACGUGCGCAAGCACGCAGUUCACGUGUAUGCAAUCAGGGGCGUGCAUUUCCCAGCAUUCAAAAUGCGACGGCGUUCGUGAUUGUUCGGAUGGUUCAGACGAAGCGCAUUGUGGUAAGUGCUGUUUUGGAUUGAAAUAUUUUCGGUUAUAAUUUCCAACCAAAUUAAACUGACUUUAUUUAUACUGGAUAGCUCUGUUAGUCCUAAACUGUCCUCCCUAUAGUGGUCCAGUAACGUUUUUUGUCCCUUAAUGGUCCAGUGUUACAGGAAGAAACAUAAACUAAACUAAAUUUAUUUAUACUGGAUACGCUCUAUAAGUUCUAAACUGUUCUUCCUAGACGUCCAGUAAGGUCAUUUCGUAUUGAGCCAGUGUUAUAACAGGAGCCAGGAAACCUAAACUAAACUAACUUUAUUCUGGUUAGCUCUAUCAGUUCUAGUAAACUGAGGUCCAGUAAGAUCAAUCUGGUUUUAUUACAGGAGGAAGUGAUGUAAUUUAGUUUCUAGUGUUAAAGUGAAGGAACACUUCUCAAAUGCGACCGAGGGGAAUUUAUAAUCACACAACUGUAUAUUGCAGAAAUGCUACACCAGCCAAAGAGAUGAGAAGAUAACUAAGAUACAAUUGAAAAAUGCCGGAUUUCGGCAUAUCCUAUAGCCACGGUUUGUGGGCUAUGAAGGACGCCGUAUUUCGGUAUACAUAACAACGGUUUGUGUAAAGCAUGGCGCCGGAUUUCGGUUGGUAUAUAUCCAACUAACUUCGCAACGAAGCGCCUUCGCUCGAAACGUCUUCAGAUAGUUGUAUCUCUCUCAUAAAUCUACAGUUAUCUUGUUAUCGUGUCUACCUGCACUGGCACUGGAUGUUGAAGAUUAUAUCAAAGAUAUGAAAAGACCAUGCAAUAACUUAUGUGCCUUCUGCUCUCUAUACUACUAUACCUUCAGUCUCUACCUUGUGUGGUUGAGCGUUUAACAAUAAAAAACUAGUUUGUCUCAUUCAAAAGAGCUCUUAAAAUUUAUGUGUUAAGAACUCUAUAACCGAUUUAUCAUAUCUUGCUUAGUUCUCGAAAUAUUUAGACCGAAAUUAGUUAAUGAGCUGUCCGCCAUCUUGGACUAAUUCUUGACCUCGUGAACUAUGGUUUUGGUGACGUCAGGAGUUGGGUUAACCAUAUCAACCAAACUACUCUAAAAUCACCGAGUAACAAUCCAAAAUUGUUUGAAAUGUUUUUAAUCAUUUCUAAACCUCCACACAGCAACCAGAAAUGACAAUACGAACAAUCUGUAAUAGAGUUUAAUAUAUAGUUUUAAGAGUUCAUUCAAAUAAAGUUAAACUAAUUUCUUAUUGCCAAUGUCCUUUAAUUCAGUAUUUUAUUAGCUAAUUUAUUAUUCGUUCAUCCCAGAAACUCCAACAUUAUGCAGCGAUGCAAGUUCAUAUCGUUGUGGAACUACUUCACUCUGUAUCAGUGAAGCGAAAGUAUGCAAUGGCGUGAGAGAUUGUCCAAGCGGGGACGACGAAGCUUCAAAUUGUGGUAUGUAUUACACGCGUAAAGAUCACAACUUGUCAACAAGACGUGUUCGCAACAGGCUUGUAGCAAGCUUGUCAACAAGUUGUAACAAUGCUGUUAUUUUAUCAAGGUGCUACAAGGUUGUCACUCACAACUUGUUGACAAAUUGUUGAAUUGCAAGACGACAACAAGUUGUUGGAACAACUUGUAACUGGUCUGUUGAGCUCAACAACCUUGUAGCAAGUUUUCGACAAGCGUUGACAAGUUGUUAACAAGCUGGGAACAAGCUUAAGCAGUGCGAACACAUCCUGUUGACAAGUUGUUGGAACAGCAUUGGUGCAGGUUUGUUACAACUUGUGCGUUUUCUAUUUCACGUAAAUUUUAAAGAGCCUUAAGAUCCUGGGCAUGAUGCCACGGGAGAAUUUCCGUUAAUGAUACAAUAUUGUUAAUUCAACUUUUUAAUCCAGGCUUUUAUUGCAGACCUGUAGACAAAUUGUAACAAGGUUGUUGUCAACUGUCCAGCUGAUAUCACGAUGUGUUCGUUCUGCUUGUUCCCAGUUGUUGUGACAAGCCUGAAACAAGUUGUUAUCAUCUUGUUAUAAGGUUGAUGACGGUGACAGACUUGCUACAAAUUGUUUCAACAAGACUAAUACAGGGUGUUUGUAACAACUUGUUACGAGUUUGUUGUUAUGCAUCAACUUGUUAGGUGCAGAUAAUAUCAGACCUGUUGGAACAAUUUGUUGCGAGUCUGUUGGCCUCGACAACCUUGUUACAAGUUGAUAACAACUUGUUCUCGACUUAUCAACAGCUUCGAACAAACUUGUUACGUGCAAACGAUUUAGACUUGUUGAAACAAUUUGUUGCGAGUCGUUUGGCCUCAGCAACCUUUUUACAAGAUGAUAACAACUUGUUUCCGACUUGUCAACAGCUGGGAACAAACUUGUUACGCGCAAACGAUUCAGACUUGUUGGAACAAUUUGUUGCGAGUCUGCAGUUACCGUCAAAAACCUUGUUACAAGAUGAUAACAACUUGUGUGAUGAUAACAACCAGUGCGAACACAUCUUGUUGAAAUAGAUUCUUACGUGUAAGCAUAUUCAAAUGUGUAAUCUCUCCUCGCUUUUCUUCUAACUAUGUUUCAUUAUGUCUUAACAGGAAUCAAUGAAUGCACGGACCAUAAUGGGCACUGUUUUCACAACUGCACUGAUCUUCCUAUUGGUUAUGAAUGUUAUUGCCACCAUGGUUACAAACUGGCCAACGACAGCAGAUCCUGUGAAGGUGUGAACUUUUACCUUUCGUUAUUCCUUCAUGUGGGAGCGCUUCUUAAAAUAAACUAAAACUAACCAUAUUAAUAUACUCGAUAACUACCCUAGCGGUUUCAAACUGUUCUUUCUAAAUGUCCAGUAACAAUCAUUACAUAUUAACCUUAUUCAUAAUUCAUGAGCAAGUUAGCCAACCAUAUUGCUUUAUUUUGCUCACAUGAUAAUACCGGAUACCUAGUGAAGUAUAUUGAUCCAGUCCUAGGAUUGGAUCAAAAUCAAGGGCUUCGUGGGCCCUAUGAAAAUCAAUAUCAAUUGAUAGGUUACCGUGUAUAAAUAUAAUUAAAUACAAAUACAAAUACAAAUACCAUCAUGCUGUUUUAAUAAACUGCUUGUGUUCCAGACUUGAAUGAAUGUGAAGAGGUGUAUGGCUCGUGCAGUCAGACUUGCAUCAAUAUGAAAGGAAGCUUCAAAUGUGGUUGUGUCGCGGGCUAUCGUCUGGAAACAGCUGCUACUGAUACCUGUAGAGCUGUAGGUGAGUAGCUAGAAACAUGUAAUUGAUAUAUAAAAAGUGGUUUACAUUAUCAAGCAUCUGAGACUAAAGUAAUUUUAUACUGAUGAUAAUUGCUAUCAGUUCUUUCUAGAAUCUAUAGUAACUCUAUUUAUACUGGAUAACUCUAUCAUUUCUAAACUGUUCUCCCUAGAGCUCCAGUAACAGUUAUCCCUUAUUGAUCCAGUGUUACUGUAGGAGGAAAUCUAAACUAAACUAACUUUAUUUAUACUGGAUAGCUCUAUCAGUUCUGAACUGUUCUUCCUAGAGGGCCAGUAAGGAUCAUCUUUUAUUGUACUACAGGAGGAAAUCUAAACUAAAUUACUAAGUUUAUUUAUACUGGAUAGCUCUAUCAGUUCCAAAGCGUUCUUCACAGGCUCAUCCCUUAUUUUCCAAUGCAGAAACCAAAGCUUAACUCAUUUGUAUAUGUUAAUAUGUAGGUCCACAGACUUAUCUCGUUUUUGGUGGCCAGCACACCAUUCAUAAUCUAACAACAUCCGGGACUCACUAUGGUAACAUAGUUUCAAAUCGUAAUGCACCAAUUGCUAUUGGCCAUGAUCUCAAUGGUGGAUACGUGUACUGGACUGAUAUUGUUGAUGAGAAGAUUGAGCGAGCUCGACUUCUGGGCGAUGGAAAUGUGGAGACCGUGAUAGACAGUGCAGUACAUUCAAAUGGUAUGUUACUCGGUUGAACAAAAUUAGCUAAACUAACUUUAUUUUAUGCUGAAUAGCUCUAUCAAUUCUAAAUUUUCUAAACUCUCUUCAGAGAUCCAGUAAGGAUCAUCUCUUAUUGAUCCAAUCUUACUACAGAAUUAGGAAAUCUAAACUUAAACGAACUUUAUUGAUACUGGGUAGCUCUAUCAGUUCUAAACUGCUCUCUUAGGAGAUCCAGUAAGGAUCAUCUCUUCUGAUAUAUACUUGUUUAAACAAUGUAGGUCUAGCCAUUGAUUGGAUUGGAAAGAAGUUAUAUUGGACGGAUGAAACCUUGAAAUCGAUCGAAGUUUCCGAGUUGAAUGGCAAGAAUCGUUUAAAAUUGUUCAGUCUCAUGAGUAGUGAUGUGCCACGCGGUAUAGCUUUGGAUCCGUUUGAAAGGUAUGGUGUCGUCCCUUUGCUUUGAGGGCCUGAAAUUCAGUAUAUUCUUGUUAAAUCUAAUUGUGGCAAAUGUGGUGGUUCGUAGUUUGUACGCUGCGGCAAACCACUCCGUUAUAGUGUAAACACAUUAUAGUCUCAAUACUAGAAACGUAGUGAAUUUUUGACGGAGUGUUAGCCGUCAGCGUCAUAGUGUAAACGCGGCCUAAAUUUAAAUCCAGCAAUAACAAAGAACCCUUUGUUGUUCUAGAUAUAUAUUCUGGACAGAUUGGAGCGAAGUUCAUCCAAAGAUUGAGCGAGCAAGUAUGGACGGGGAUUCCGUUUCCCGCCAAAUCAUCCUUGAUACAAACCUUGUCUGGCCAACCGCCUUGGCAAUAGAUACCAUCGUUCAGAGGCUGUUUUUCAUAGACACCAAGUUGCAGCGAAUAGAAACGAUCAAAUAUGACGGCACGGCGAGAAAGACCUUGGUCUCCAAAGGGCUCGUUCAACCGCUAAGCUUGGCAAUAUUUGAGGAUCACUUGUAUUACACCGACUAUUCGCUUAACACGAUAUUUACCGUGAACAAAAGAACCGGGCAACGACUAGGACAACUGAAGAAGAAUCUCAGACGACCCACGGGAAUUGAUGUUGUGCAUCCUUUACAUCAAAAACAAGGUAGGCAGGGGGCGUCGAACCUGGCCUGCUUGGUAGGUCGGCGGUUAUAGUACGAAGGAUUUGGUGACACAUUGGUUAGAGCAUGUGUCGUUUAUCCACACGUAAAAAUAAUGAGUUGUACGGAAAGCCAUAUAUAACUGCUAUUUGCGAAAAGAAGCCAACUCUAGCAGUAGGGCUGAUUUUUCUUAGGACUGGCCUUUAAUGUAGGGCUCAUAUAAACACCCUCCAAGGAAGAACAAUUUAGAACUGAUAGAGCUGUCGAAUAUAAAAACAUAGUUCAGAGUUAACCUUCUCAGUUACUGACACUGGACCAAUUAUAGCAGUGAGAACAGGUUGGAAAUAAUUGAGCUGUCUUGAAUAAUUUUAGCCUUUCUUGGCAACCGUUUUCAUCCAUUUAGUUGCCAGCCAAUGUACCAUGAACAAUGGUGGAUGCUCUCAUCUCUGUCUUUUAUCAAGUAAUUCCUCGCGAAAUUACACCUGCCGCUGCCCAAACGGAUUGCUGUUGAGAAGUGACGCUAAAUCCUGCGUUAAUAUCACAGAACUAAAUUCGACGACGCCCCAACCCCCCGUGCAAACCACCAAUAUCCCAUCUGCUCAAACAACUAGUGAACCUGAGCAUAAAUCUAGCACGGGGAGUACUAGUACUGUCAAGGCAAGACCUUCCACGAAUAAUACCAAAGGUAUGAAAUUUUAUGCUGAGGAUAUGCCCACUGAUCUGGGAACAGAUUGUUGAUUGUUUGCGCAUUUAUACGCGCGUAUAAAUGGAACAAGUUGUAACAGACCUACAACAGACUUGUAGCAAUGCUGUUCCAACAACUUGUCGACAGCAUUUGUUCGCGCUGCUUAUCCCUAGCUUCUUGUCAAGUUGUCAAUGCUCGUUGACAAAUUGCUACAAGGUUGUUGGGCCCAACAGACUUGUCAAAAGUUGUUCCAACAACUUGCUUACAGUCCUGCAAUUCAACAAGUUGUGAGUUACAACCUUGUACCAACUUGAUAAAAUAACAGCAGUCUUACAACUUGUCGACAAGCUUGCUACAAGCCUGUUGCCAUCACAUCUUGUUGACGAGGUUUUUACGUGUGUAAUUUAGGUGCUCCGCUGGCCAAGAAACAAGAAGACUCAUCUUCAAACUCUGGACCAAUGAUAGCUGGAGUGACCGUGGCUGUUUUAGUUCUCGUGUUUCUGCUUUUUGGAGCAUUCCUGUUUUGGCGAAGACGGGACAAAAUGGCUGAUAGAAGAAUUCUGUUUUACAAGGAUAGUUCAACGACUCCGUUACAGAACGACUUUGACGACGAGGACCUUGUCAAAAGCUAUGAAGACAUCGGUGGCACGUCGUGUGUCAAGUUUUCAUAAUCUUGUCGAUAUUGUACAGCUGUAGGCAAGUGUAGCUGACGCUUGUGUGUAUACGGUUGGGAUCAAUUCAAGUAUGCGACCAACCCCCCAACCCCCCCCUCCCCCCCUAAGUUACUUCUCCAAAGAACCGCCUCGUUCUUUAAGAACCCCUACUUAUUUUUGCUCAUGAAUGAUCUAGUUCAUGAAUUAAAAGUGACUUUAGUAUAGAAAAUAGGGUUUAUCAAAGAACGAGGCAGUUCUUUAGAGAACUCAUUUAUGGGGGUCGUGACAACUUUUCAUAACGCGCAUCGCUUGUUACUGUCGCUCCAGUUUACGGAAACAUAGCGGCUGUUUACACUAGCGAUUCAGAGCCGAGGCAAGUGUGACAGCCAAAAACGAGAUGGAGACCGAUUCUCGGGGUCGAGUAUCUAAACUAAACCACCUCGAGAGGUUCUCAGAUCUGUUCACGCCAUCCAAUUCCUAUAGCCAUGUUUCAUAAAGGUGGCCAAACAAAAAAUUCUUUCCUAAAUUCCUAACUAUGUUUCCCAAAGGUGGCCAAACAAGAAAAUCUUUCCUAAGUUCCUAGCUAUGUUUCCCAGAGGUGAACAAACCAGAAAACAUUGUUUCCUGAAUUCCUAGCUAUGUUUCCCAAAGGUGGACAAACAAAAAAUAUUCUUCCCUAAAUUCCUAGUUAUAUUUCACGAAGGUGGACAAGCCAAAAACCAUGGUUUCCUAAAUUCCUAACCAUCGGUUUCCUGAAGGUGGACAAAGCAGGAAACAUUAGAGACCUUAAGAUUGACGUUUACGGCAAACGUCAAACCGCUAGCGAAGUUUUUGAUUUUACAACUCUAUUAUAAUAGCUUUUACACCAGUUUUGAAAUAUGUUAAAUUUAUUAAACUUGUGCUCUUUAGCAAUGAUAGUUUAAGAAGGGCAAAUUAACCACUAGUCAUGCCAUUCACCAAAGCAGUAAAUGAAGAUUUGGCGUUUGAAGUUGACGUUUGAAGUAUAAAUUUCAUGCUUUAACGACUACAAGCCCUCGUAGCAGUUCAAGCAUGAAAUCUAUACGCCAAACGCCAACUUCAAACGCCAAAUCUUAAUUUACUGCUUUGGUGAAUGGCAUGACUAGUGGUUAUAAAGAGCACAAGUUUAAUAAAUUUACUGACAUAUUUCAAAACUGUUGUAAAAGCUAUUAUAAUAGAGUUGUAAAAUCAAAAACUUCGCUAGCGGUUUGACGUUUGUCGAAUUGUCGUAAACGUCAAUCUUAAGGUCUCUAAUGACUCCUACCUAGUCUACUGCUAGAAAGGCAGAGUACUUGGAACAAAUCAAUCCAAAUUUGCAUGCAAAAAGCGUCCUAAACAAGCGUUAGCCAAAUUUGCUUAUGAUACCUGUAGGACAUAGUCGUUAUAUAGCCAUAGGGUUAAUUAUUCAUAUUUAGUUUGAAGUUAGUAACAUUUACGGUCGUUGAAAUAUAUAUAUAUAGCUAUAUCAUUAUUAUAGAUACAAUAUUAUAUAUAAGGCCCGAUGUAUUAAUAGAUAAAAUCCUCGAGCAAACGAUGUGUUGUCACUGAUUUUUUCCCACC